AUGGUUUGGAUCCAAAGCCACACCCUGCAGAAGGUACAGGAAGGGUCUUCCCCAUGGGUGAACUGCCAACCAGGACUGAGCAUGAGCCGGGAGAAUGAGACACUGAAUAAGGGAAGUGUGUUCGUGCUCUGCCAUGGCCUCUUGCAGCUCUGCCAGCUCCUGUACAGCGCCUACUUCAAGAGCAGCCUCACCACCAUCGAGAAGCGCUUCGGGCUCUCCAGUUCUUCCUCGGGUCUCAUUUCCAGCUUGAAUGAGAUCAGCAAUGCCAUCCUCAUCGUCUUUGUCAGCUACUUUGGCAGCCGGGUGCACCGUCCACGGCUGAUUGGCAUUGGGGGUCUCUUCCUGGCGAUGGGGGCCUUCAUCCUCACCCUCCCACACUUCCUCUCGGAGCCCUACCAGUACACCUCAGUCGCUGUUGGGAACAGCAGCCGUUUCCAGGCCGAGCUCUGUCAGAAGCAUUGGCAAGAUGUGCCCCCCAGUAAGUGCCACAACACCACCCAGGAACCCCGGAAGGAGACCAGCAGCAUGUGGGGCCUGAUGGUGGUCGCCCAGCUACUGGCCGGGAUCGGGACAGUGCCCAUUCAGCCAUUUGGGAUCUCCUACGUGGAUGACUUCUCAGAGCCCAACAACUCACCUCUGUACAUCUCCAUCUUAUUUGCGAUCUCUGUAUUUGGACCGGCUUUCGGGUACCUGCUGGGCUCUGUCAUGCUGCAGAUCUUUGUGGACUAUGGCAGGGUCAACACAGCCACAGUUAACUUGAGCCCGGGUGAUCCCCGAUGGAUUGGAGCCUGGUGGCUAGGCCUGCUCAUUUCUUCAGCCUUCUUGGUUCUCACCUCUUUCCCCUUUUUUUUCUUUCCUCGAACAAUGUCCAGAGGGGUGGAGCAGUCUCCUGCCGUGGUGGACGAAGCAAGGAAGAUGGAAGAGGCCAAGCCGAGAGGCUCCCUGGUGCAUUUCAUUAAACGGUUUCCCCGCAUCUUCCUGAGGCUCCUGAUGAACCCGCUCUUCAUGCUGGUGGUCCUGGCCCAGUGCACCUUCUCCUCUGUCAUUGCUGGCCUCUCCACAUUCCUCAACAAGUUCCUGGAGAAGCAGUAUGGCGCCUCAGCAUCCUAUGCCAACUUCCUCAUCGGUGCUGUAAACCUCCCCGCUGCGGCCCUGGGGAUGCUAUUUGGAGGGAUCCUCAUGAAGCGUUUUGUUUUCUCUCUGCAAACCAUCCCACGUGUGGCUGCCACCAUCAUUACCAUCUCCACCAUCCUCUGUACCCCUCUCUUCUUCAUGGGAUGCUCCACCCCAGCCGUGGCUGAGGUCUACCCUCCCAGCACAUCCAGUUCUACACAUCCGCAGCCGCCUGCCUGCCGCAGGGACUGCUCGUGCCCGGAUUCUAUCUUCCACCCGGUCUGCGGAGACAAUGGAGUAGAGUACCUCUCCCCUUGCCACGCAGGCUGCAGCGACAUUAACGUGAGCUCUGCAGGCACCAAGCAAACGACCUAUUUGAACUGCAGCUGUGUGACUGGCGGAUCUGCAUCAGCCAAGUCGGGGUCAUGCCCCAUGCCCUGCGCCCACUUCCUGCUCCCGGCCACCUUCCUUAUCUCCUUUGCAGCCCUGGUAGCCUGCAUUUCUCACAACCCCCUCUACAUGAUGGUUCUGCGGGGCUCUGUCAUGCUGCAGAUCUUUGUGGACUAUGGCAGGGUCAACACAGCCACAGUUAACUUGAGCCCGGGUGAUCCCCGAUGGAUUGGAGCCUGGUGGCUAGGCCUGCUCAUUUCUUCAGCCUUCUUGGUUCUCACCUCUUUCCCCUUUUUUUUCUUUCCUCGAACAAUGUCCAGAGGGGUGGAGCAGUCUCCUGCCGUGGUGGACGAAGCAAGGAAGAUGGAAGAGGCCAAGCCGAGAGGCUCCCUGGUGCAUUUCAUUAAACGGUUUCCCCGCAUCUUCCUGAGGCUCCUGAUGAACCCGCUCUUCAUGCUGGUGGUCCUGGCCCAGUGCACCUUCUCCUCUGUCAUUGCUGGCCUCUCCACAUUCCUCAACAAGUUCCUGGAGAAGCAGUAUGGCGCCUCAGCAUCCUAUGCCAACUUCCUCAUCGGUGCUGUAAACCUCCCCGCUGCGGCCCUGGGGAUGCUAUUUGGAGGGAUCCUCAUGAAGCGUUUUGUUUUCUCUCUGCAAACCAUCCCACGUGUGGCUGCCACCAUCAUUACCAUCUCCACCAUCCUCUGUACCCCUCUCUUCUUCAUGGGAUGCUCCACCCCAGCCGUGGCUGAGGUCUACCCUCCCAGCACAUCCAGUUCUACACAUCCGCAGCCGCCUGCCUGCCGCAGGGACUGCUCGUGCCCGGAUUCUAUCUUCCACCCGGUCUGCGGAGACAAUGGAGUAGAGUACCUCUCCCCUUGCCACGCAGGCUGCAGCGACAUUAACGUGAGCUCUGCAGGCACCAAGCAAACGACCUAUUUGAACUGCAGCUGUGUGACUGGCGGAUCUGCAUCAGCCAAGUCGGGGUCAUGCCCCAUGCCCUGCGCCCACUUCCUGCUCCCGGCCACCUUCCUUAUCUCCUUUGCAGCCCUGGUAGCCUGCAUUUCUCACAACCCCCUCUACAUGAUGGUUCUGCGUGUGGUGAACCAGGAAGAAAAGUCAUUUGCCAUUGGGGUACAGUUCUUACUGAUGCGCUUGCUGGCCUGGCUGCCAUCUCCAGCCUUCUACGGCCUCACCAUCGACUACUCCUGCAUCCGGUGGAACUUGCAGUGCUUGGGGAGGCGAGGAGCUUGCACCUACUACGACAGUGACACUCUCCGAGACACCCGGUGA